AUGUAUGUUCAGAUAAAAGACCAGCUGAAGGCGUUCACCGCUGGAUUUCGGUCGUUGAUCCAUCCUGAAUGGCUGCAAAUAUUUUCUGCUGACGAAUUCCAGAAAAUCAUAUCAGGCGAAUAUGAUGAUAUUGAUCUGCAGGACCUGCGUAAGAACGUACAGUAUUUUGGCGGUUUCCAUAACAAUCAUCCGGUAAUCAAAUGGCUGUGGAGUGUGCUGCAAGACGACUUUUCUCCUGAGGAACGACAUCUGUUUCUUAAGUUCGUUACCAGCAGCUCAAAGCCUCCAGUUUUGGGUUUCAGCAGGUUGGAGCCUCCGUUUUCAAUUCGAUGCGUGGAAGUUAGCGACGACCAGGAUGAGGGAGACACCCUUGGGAGCGUCGUCCGCGGUUUUCUGGCAAUUCGUAAAAAAGAUCCUGUUAGCCGUUUGCCGACCACCUCUACGUGCUUUAAUUUGCUGAAGCUGCCUAUCUACCGGAAGAAGGCUACGCUUCGAGACAAGCUUCGUUAUGCGAUCCACUAAACUGUUUACCGUUCGUUAUGCGUUGUUCAUCGGAUGAAGCUAACCAAUCGUCUAAAUCUCAUGACCAUGAUCGACGCAGUAAUCGCAAAUCACGUGAGUUUGUGUCUGCUUCGUCUGCGGCCGAAGGAGACCUCUAACGAAGGCGAAGAUGACAGUUUGUAUAAUUUCAUGAGCAAGCGUUUGAACCAAAUUUUGAGCGAGAACAUCGAGUUCUCAGAUCCGAUUCAGAGGAAUGAUUCUGAUGAACAGGCAGCUGGUGAAGAGGAAGAGGUCGCUGAUGCCGUCCGCUUGCUCAGCAGCAGCAAAACUUUCGUUUCUGAAACAGAAGACAUCGAAGUGCCUAAAAAGCGUAAAUAUUACUCAGCGAGCGACCUGAUUCAAAAAAAGGACCACGACCACUCAGAAUCGAGUAGUGAUUUGCGUGAAAGGUUCGCUUCGGUAGCUGUAACAGCCGAAUGGCUUUACAAACAAGCUAAACGCCCCAGAAGCAGCGGUUCCGAGGUAUCAUCAUAA